CCGCGGUCACCUGACCAUUGGCUCAUCAAUUAGUCGCAGGUCAAACAGGAACAGAGCCGUCCUGUGGACCAUGCCAGCGACCACGGCUGUUAAGCACGCCCAGGCCUCUGGAAUGAAGCAUCAUCAGCGCAACGUAUCGCAUGGCAAGCUGAAUCGAUCAGCGAGUGCAAUCAGAUUCCAGGGGGGGCAACUGCCGGGUGUUCAUAGCAAUUUCGCCGUAACGGCUCUCAGAGCUAAGGAAGAUCUUGUAAAGCGCUCAGAAUCCUCAAAUACAAUAAAGUCAGACCAUACAGUGGGCCAUAAGGCUGCUGGAUUCCAUGGACGUGGACAUCUGGCUCCCCGCAAGACGAGCCAUAAGUUAGAUAGCUCAAGGAAAGCGAAGUUUCUCAUGGCUGCUGAGCGGGAUGCUAGCCCAGGAGAUGAUGAAGAAGAUGAUGAUGAUGAUGAUCAGUGGGUUUCCAGUGGCGUUGUCACUCCAGAUGACAGGGAGCCUGACAAAACUGCCGCCGCCUCUGAGCUCCCCUUCGCUCACCCCUCUACUCCCAAGGCAACAAUGCCGCAGGCUCUUCCUCCAAGCCCCCACCCUGUCCCUGCUUCUACUUCCGUGCCUACGGGAUUCCCAGAUGAAUUAAAUCGGAAGUUAGUGUCAAAUGGGCAUAAAACAGCCCCGUCGUCUCGAGCCCCCUCCAUUAGGGGUCGAUCCUCUCUGAUGCGUCCAUUGUCGACCGUUUCUGUUCAUGAUACCCGUCCGAGCCUCAUUCGGACAUCAUCGUUCACCCCUACAGCUCCCCCGCUCACUACUACGUCCAUUGCAUCCGCACAGAUUACGCCUACCAACCCUCAGUCAGAUGAUUCUAUUUCCCUAUCCCAUUAUACUCCUAUUCAUACCUCCCCUCCUGGAUCCCCUUCCUCGUCACGAACUAGGCAGCAAGGCUCGAGAUCUUCCUUCUUUCGACGUUCAUCUACGUCUUCCUCCCUGCGCUCUUCUUUGACUCUUCCCUCUUUCGCUAUACGUGACCGUAAACCUUCCGUUCUCUCAAACGCAUCCACUACCGUUCAAAGUGCUAAGCAGCUCCCCCAUGCCUCGGCGGCUUUCAACUCUUUAUCAGCGAUACCUAGAGGGCGCUCGGCUCCCCCACCCCUCGUGUCACAUUUCCCUCCCAUUCCGGUUCGCACACCCGCAGAAGAGGCAUUCGGACUCUUUCCGCCACCAUAUCUUGCUGCGCACAUGGCUGUGAGAGCGCAUGAAAGCCCGCUGCAGGAUUCGUUUGCGCGGGUUGUAAGUUUUCGAGUUAAGGGCCAUCCUAUGGCGAUCAGUGGGAAUUGAUAUAGAUGCGUCAACGAUAGACAAUGAACCUUGUUUUUGAGCCUCGGUCUGGAAUUUUUCAUAGCUCCUUGUGUUUCAUCAAUGGACUCCUCAUCGGCGUGUAUAUAUGAUCCCAGUCGCAUAGAAUUUCCUUUUCUUCCAUUCUCCCCUGGCCCGAUUUCUUCGCUGUGCUAUUUUUACCUAUUUCGCGUGUUUUGUGUGUUGCGGGACUCAGUGGGCCAUGCUUGUGUUCAUGUACAACUAUUUCCCAGUACGGCUGUUUAUUAUCCACUGAAAGUAAGAG